UUGUUUAUAAAUAUAAAUUAUUUGAUAUAUUAUGAGCCAGUCGUAAAUAUAUUGUGUUAUAUUGUCAGUAACCAUGGGCGUAUAUUGACAGUUUGAGUUUCGCCAGAUAUUAAUAAGUUUCUCUUUAUUUCAGAGUUUUAAAUAAACAGCAAUCAAGGUUUAAUCAAAUAUAUAUUUGAAUUCCCGUCAAAAAUUUCACGUCAACAAGUGUCUCUUUAUACCGAAGAUUGUGAAAGUAUUAAUUCUUCGAAGACGUUAUGUGCUUUAGUCAGCAACAACAAAAAUAUACGAAAAAUAUAUUUUCCAAAUCGAACUUUAGUUUUCAUCGAAAUGAAAUUUCUGGAGAAUUCCAAACUGGAAGCGCUCAACAGUGCUUUGAUGAUUGAGAAUGGUGAUUGUUGCGUCAUAGGGCGAGUUGAAAGUUAUUCUUGUAAGAUGGCCGGAGACGAUAAACGAUUGUUCAAGACAUUGUCACACGAGGGCGACCCUAACGAACUCACGGUUUUGUCACCGCCGCAGACUGUGGCUUCUGUCAGUCCGGCCGGGUAUUCUACGAGUGCUGAUGAGAACGAGAAUCCACUCAACUAUGCUUGUAGUCGGAAGACUUUAUAUUAUCUCAUUUCUACUUUGAACGCUUCGUUCCGACCCGAUUAUGACUUCAGCAAUGCCAAGAGCGACGAGUUUAGUCGCGAACCGAGCGUUAACUUUGUCACAAAUUUCAUCAACAGCAGCUUGGGUGCCGUGCUGGGGGAACGAUACAACCGGUUGAGUUCGUUGAUAUGGUCUUCCAUCAACGACGAGAUUCAGCUCGACGAUUGUGUCGUUUAUAGUUACAACCCCGAUCUUGAUUCGGACCCGUACGGUGACGAGGGGUGCUUGUGGUCAUUCAAUUUCUUCUUUUACAAUCGUAAGAUGAAGCGGAUGUUGUUUUUUACGUGUAAAGCCCAAACAUCUGUUGAUGAAAAGUUCGAGAUCGAGGGGAUAGAAGAAAGUUUCGAGUUCACCCACCAACUACCACUUAUAUUACAAUGAUUAUAUUUUGUACAAAUUGUAUAUUUUCUUAUAUUCUAUGUUCUUAUGUAAAUACAUUGUUACCAUAUGUGUAGCCUUAUGGUACCACUGGAACUUUUACUUUUUAUGUACACAUGUUUCACUGUUCUGCAUAUUAUUAAAAGAGGAUAAUACUUCAGCGUGCACUAUGGGGUAAAU